UUGCUCCGGGUUGUUACUCCCGCAGGAAAAUGGGAGAAGCUUCUCUCUUCCGUCCGUUCCCCCCCCCCCUCCCGCCCUCCUUUUGUGAUUGUCCGCCACCGACCGCCCACCCGUAGACCAAGAGAACCCGCGGAACGGCCGGUCUUCGGUCUCUUUUUUUUCCUUUCCUAA